UGGGUGGGUGUGUGAGCUCAGAUGAUGGAGAGAAAAUGAGGGUGUGUGUUUUGUAUAUUCAGAGCUUUCUGAAGCGUGUGCUCUGUACUGAAGCUUGCGACUCUGUCUGGACACUACUCAGGCUCCCUACUGAGACACACAGACUCACUCACAGGAUGGGAUUCAGGGUGAGCCUGCUGCUCCUCGCUCUGGCCGUGGUGGUCGUGUCGGGCCAGAAGAAACGCCCAGUUAAUAAAGAAUGGAACUACCGUGACGGAUCCGAGAAAGUGAGCAUGAGAGGCGUGGCCAAUCUGACUCAGGUGCUGGAUGACUGGAGGUUUGAUAUCUUGAGCCAGGUGAAGAACCUACUGCAGAACGAUCACCAGACCUUGCUGCCUGAUUACUCCAGGAUCCAGCCUCUGUCUGAGGCUUUGGAUGACUUGUACAAGGAGUUCAACGCCUUGAAGACCCACCUCGGAGAGCUGACGGACAAGUUCACGGCCAUUGAGACCUUCAUCGACGAGCUGAAGACGGAGAAAGCCAACACCGCUCCCGCCGCUGCUCCUGCCGCUGCUCCCGUCACUCCGUUGCGAAGGAGAGUGCUCAAGACUCGUACUCCAGCUUCGUGAAGCCGCUGAGCUUCCAAAACUUUCCAUUAGAGCUGGUACUCUCUGCGAAACCAUACACAAAAAUAUAUAUCUAUAGAAAGAAAUAACCCUAGCACAAUUUACUUAAAUAACAAUUUUCUUUUUUUUCUCCUCCUCCUUCUUCUUCUUCUUCUCCUCCUCCUUCUUCUUCUUCUUCUUCUUCUUCUUCUUCUUUAGCAUCUUGUUACUGCAUGUUGCUGGGAAACAGGUAAUACACAAAAUGCUGAACAAGCCAAAUCUCCCAUCUCCAUUUUGUGAUUUCAGGUUGCAUGUCAAAACAACAACAUGUAAACAAAAACAAAAACAAACAAAAAACAAAUAUAUAUAUAUACAGAUCUAGAUGUGUAAGUUGAUUGGUUUUAUGUAUUGAUUAUGUUAUUUAUAUAUAAUACACACAUAUAUACAAUAUCUAUCAUUAUAUAUAUAUAUAUAUAUAUAUAUAUAUUUCUAUCAUUAAUCAUUGGAUUUAUUUGGUGUCACAAAUUAUUGUAAUCAUGUUAUUUCUAGCCCAUGAGCUAAAGUAUUAGGACAAGAUUGUGCCUUUGUUCUCUCGCUCUGAGCAUUGCUUUCAGCUCAUCAUCUGAUCUAAGCUGCCAAUAAAAUCUGAUGUUUGCAUGCAG